AUGGUGGUCGUAGAUGAUAAAAUCAGAUCAGGAAGACCCAAAGGGAAUGUUUCCGGGAGUUGUGCACUCCCAGAAAAAGCAAAAGCCUGUGAGACUCAGCAGAGUCCAGAGGAAAACUUAAGUAGCCUCUCAGACCUUAUUACACACAAGAGAAUCAACUUCGAAGAGACACGUUACACAUGGCAUGAGUGUGGGGAAAGCUUCAAUGAGAGCUCAGACCUUUUCACACAUCAGAGAAUCCACAGAGGAGAGAGACCCUACAUGUGCUCUGAGUGUGGGAAAGGCUUCAGUCGGAGCUCUACCCUUAUCGCACACAGGAGAAUCCACACAGGAGAGACGCCAUACACAUGCUCUGAGUGCGGGAAAAGCUUCAAUUGGCACUCACUCCUUAUCGUACAUCAGAGAAUCCACACCGGAGAGAUGCCCUACACAUGCUCUGAGUGCGGGAAAAGCUUUAAAUGGCACUCAAACCUUAUCAAACAUCGUAGAAUCCACACAGGAGAGAAGCCCCACACAUGCUCGGAAUGUGGGAAAAGCUUCAGUUGCAGCUCAAACCUUAUCACACAUCGUAGAAUCCACACUGGAGAGACGCCCUACACAUGCUCUGAGUGCGGGAAAAGUUUCAAUCGGAGCUCAGACCUUAUCAAACAUCAUAGAAUCCACACUGGAGAGACGCCCUACACAUGCUCUGAGUGUGGGAAAAGCUUCAGUCAGAGCUCUACCCUUAUCGCACACAGGAGAAUCCACACCGGAGAGACGCCUUACACAUGCUCUGAGUGUGGGAAAAGCUUCAAUCGGAGCUCAAACCUUAUCGCACAUCAGAGAAUCCACAUGAGAGAGAUGCCCUACACAUGCUCUGAGUGUGGGAAAAGCUUCAAUCGGAGCUCAGACCUUAUCAAACAUCAGAGAAUCCACACUGGAGAGAAACCCUACACAUGCUUUGAGUGCGGGAAAAGCUUCAUUCGGAGCUCAGACCUUAUCAGACAUCAGAGAAUCCACACCGGAGAGAAACCCUACACAUGCUUUGAGUGCGGGAAAAGCUUCAAUCAGAGCUCAGACCUUAUCGUACAUCAGAGAAUCCACACUGGAGAGACGCCCUACACAUGCUCUGAGUGCGGGAAAAGCUUCAAUCAGAGUUCAACCCUUAUCGUACAUCAGAGAAUCCACACCGGAGAGAAACCCUACACAUGCUUUGAGUGCGGGAAAAGCUUCAAUCAGAGCUCAGACCUUAUCGUACAUCAGAGAAUCCACACUGGAGAGACGCCCUACACAUGCUCUGAGUGCGGGAAAAGCUUCAAUCGGAGUUCAACCCUUAUCGUACAUCAGAGAAUCCACACAAGAGAGACACCCUACAUGUGCUCUGAGUGUGGGAAAAGCUUCAGUCAAAACUCACACCUUAUCUCACAUCGUAGAAUCCACACAAGAGAG